AUGUCGUACAAAACAAUUCAAACUCUGACCAGAAUCCACGGCACUGAGAUCUUUCGACGCUCCGCCAUCGUCGGUAAAGUGGCGCCAAACCUUAGUCUUGUUAAUGUCCAGACAGAGAAGAUAAUGAAGCUAUUAGAUUUCCAGAAACAAGGGAGACCACUGAUCGUGAACUUUGGCAGCUGUUCCUGACCUCCUUUCAUGAUGAAGUUCGCGUUGUUCAAGCAAAUCGUUGCUGAUUUCUCGGACAUUGCGGACUUCAUCGUUGUUUACGUCAGAGAAGCACACCCGGUAGAAGGGUGGGUUGUCUUAGGUACCAAAUUCUCUCACUUAAGUUCCCACACUUCACAAGAGGAGAGACUGGGAGCGGCUCGGCUGCUGUUGGAGGAAGGAUGUCCAUGUCCACUACUCAUUGAUACCAUGGACAAUUCUGGAGCUAUUAAGUACGCGGCGGUUCCUGAGAGGUUAUUUAUCAUAUAUGAUGACGUCAUUCAAUAUGCUGGUCAAGGCGCUGGACCAGAAAACUACAAGCCGGAAGCUGUGGUGCAAUGGUUGACAGAAUAUCGUCACAAGAAAUAACAUAUAUACAUACAACGACACUAUUAUAAUUCAUAUACUAAAAACGAAAUUUCUAGCAUUUUUUUUAACAUUUCUUGUACAUGAUGAUGAUGUUUCAAAUUGGGCCAAAUGUCAUCUGAUUUCUAAAUCAAGAAAUGUACUCAA